AUGUCCGACGCCAUCCCGCCUGAGAUUGCCAACGCCAACAAAGGCCCUGGCAUCCUCGCCGUCAUCAUUCCCGUCUCCGUCUUCAGUACGCUCUUUACCGCCGCCCGCCUCUGGGUUCGAGGCAAGAUCCUGCGCCAGUUCCACGCCGACGACUGGCUUAUCGUGGUAUCUGUGAUAUGCUGCUGGAUCUCCGUGGCUUUGGCCGUCAAGGCCAUUGAUAACGGCAAUGGCCGUCACAUUGUCACCCUCAGCCAAGAAGAGCAAGAGGGUGUUGUCUUCUGGACCCUAGUCGGGUUUCCCUUGGGUAUCCUAUCCUUCGGUAUCCCAAAGCUCGCCGUCGUUGCUGUCCUUACGCGCAUCAUGAGUCCCGGACGGACGCAUACCAUUGUCCUCUGGACUAUGGCCGGCAUCUGCAACGUCCUUUUGGCCCUCAACGCCGUCUUCUUGCUGGGGAGGUGUGUUCCCGCAGAGUCCCAGUGGAACUUUGACAUCAAGGGAAAGUGCUGGGAUCCCCAAAUCCUGGUUCGGUACGCCAUCGCAACUGGAGUCUUCUCCGCUGCUGUCGACCUCUAUCUCGCGGUGUACCCGGGUCUGAUCCUUCUCAACCUUGGCAUCAAGAGGAACAAGAAGAUUGCCCUCACCGUUGCCUUGGGGCUUGGCUGCAUAUCAACUGGCGUCGCCAUCUUCAAGUGCACGCGUCUACCGUUGUUGGCUGCCAAGGACUUUUCCUGGGAAACUGCCGAGCUCGUCGUCUUGAACAUCGUGGAAGGUGGCACACUCAUCAUCGCAUCAUGCAUCCCGGUCCUCCAGCCAUUACUACGAAUCAUUAUGAAGAGAGAACCGCUCGCCACGUCCGGGACGCCCGGACAGGAAGGUUACAACCGCGGCGCAUCCGCAGGGCGGCCGCCGAAGUACUCCGAUCCCAACUACAAGGGACCUGCCUUUAUGCUGUAUCCUGUCAAGUCGCAUACGAGGACAACACACGGGUCAGCAGACUUUCUAGUGGAACACGGUGUUCCCAUAGAGAAGAACUAA